UUCUGUCACUCGCUCCACGCAUCAUUCAACCCAUCCACCGAGCAACUUAGUCUGCCCAGCAGCGCGCAGUCUUAAUAUCCACGUACCAACAUCGUCCCGCUCAUCAGCCACCAUGUCCUCCUUCCUUAAGAUCGUCCUGCCGGCUCUGGCCCUGACAGGUUCUGUCUACGCUCAGUCCAACGGCUGCUCGGUCUCUGGGACCAAGACCAUCCAGAACUCAGGCGAUGCCACCGCUCUCAGCUCGUGCUCGACGUUCUCUGGAUCCAUUGCCAUUGCUACUGGCACCACCGACGACAUUGCGCUGAACGGCAUCAAGAAGCUCGACGGCAACCUUGUCGCCACGAGCAACUCGAACAUGAAGCGCAUCAGCGCUGACAGCCUCGAGGAGGUUGACGGCUCUGUCGAGCUUGACGGCCUGACCCGCCUCUACGCGGUUGACAUGCCCAAGCUCAAGACCGUCGAGACCAUCAAGUGGAACGCUCUCCCCAACCUUCAGACCAUUGGCUUCACCGCUGAGGUCACCAAGGCCGACAACAUCCGCAUUGAGAACACUGCUCUCCGCUCCCUAUCGGGUAUCAACAUCGAGAAGGCCGACACCAUCUUCGUCGCCAACAACGGCUACAUCAACGAAAUCAACAUGCAGAUUGGUAAUGUCUCUGACUCGUUGACUUUCGCGGACAACAACGAGAAGCUCGCCGUUACUCUGCCCAACCUGAUCUGGGCCACCAAUCUGACUUUCCGUUUCAUCGGCUCUCUCUCGAUGCCUUCCCUCGAGACUCUCAACGGAUCUCUUGGUCUGUACAACAACGGAUUCGAGUCCUUCUCCGCCCCCAACCUGACCUCUAUCGGUGAGGCCCUCGCCAUCGUUGCCAAUGAGGGGGUCUCCAACAUCAGCUUUCCCCAGUUGACCAAGAUUACCGACAACCUUCAAAUUGCCAACAACACCAACCUUUCCGCCAUCGACGGAUUUCCCAAGCUGACCAGCAUCGGUGGUGCUUUCGACAUCUCCGGAAACAUGAGCACUGUCGAGACUCCUGAGCUUGACAGCGUCAAGGGUGCUUUUAACCUUCAGUCCACUGGCAACAUCACCGAGGCUUGCGCUUUCUACAAGCCCCUGCAGGAGAAGAAGCUCAUUCAGGGCAAGUACUUCUGCCAGGGCAAGCUCGUCGAUCCCUCCACCGCCGGAAGCAAACCGACCAGCCAGAGCGGCAGCGACUCCAAGACUGGUGCCGCCACCAGCCUGAGCGCCGUCAACGGUGCCCUUGGUCUUGCUGCCAUGGCUGCUGUCUUCCUUCUCUAGAUGGUUUCGGACGCUGGCGUUUCCAUUGUAUUUGCAUAGACUAAUCAUCCUUGAUCUGGGUUCCUUUGAUAGCGUAUGACAUCUUCCGACAAGCGCUCAGAUUUGAGCUCGACACGAUGACUGGAGUGGUUUGGGCGAAGGGUUUAUGGGCCCGUAUGCAACAGCUGUAUGUAUCACGCUGCAUGUAUCAAUUGGCUACUGGGUCCAAAUAUGAUAGACUUUCAAUCUGCAGCACACACCAGUUAAUUUUCUCCGGUCUCGAUGAGCGGAACGGCAGGACGGUUUCUUGAGAGAUUGCACUUGCAUAUCUGUUACACUCCCUUCAAUCGUGUGUAUAGGGUAUCUAGGCCAUUCCAUCGUCGUAUAGGACAAGCAAAAUUACAGUCUUUUGUUGCUAUCUCUUCGGGCCUAUUCAUUUAUCAAACUCGCU